UGCCAGCCGCCUUGGAAUACCACUAUGCAGCAAAACACGUGUUUUCCUGCAGCUGUCGCCCGCUAAAGGGGGCAUCAGUCUGGUCUGCCUUUUCAGUCUCAUUAUAUUCUGGAAGGUGCUAAUAUUGGAGGGCCAGUAUGAAUGCGUCUGAUGUUUGCAAUCUACCCCACCACACGCUGAAAGAUAUGGGGAAUCGGGCGUACGCAGAAGGGCGGUACCAAGAGGCAGUGAUGUAUUACACAUGCGCCAUUAAGAAGCAACAAAACAUAUCAUCUUAUUACUCCAACCGGGCACUAUGUUAUGUGCAAAUUCAAGAAUAUUCCAAGGCUUUGUCGGAUUGCAGACGAUCCAUCGAAUUGGACAGUAGCAACCUGAAGGCCUACUUUUUCGCUGGCCAAGCCCACCUUGGUCUCUGCCAGUGGGAUGAAGCCUUAAACAAGUUGAUGCAUGCGCACAACUUGGCUCAGGAACAACAUCGAAAUUUUGGGGACGAUAUCACAGUGGUGAUUCGGCAGGCCAAACGUAAGCGUUUCGAAGCUUUAGAUGAAAAGCGAAAACAAGAAGAAGUCGCCCUUCAGGCCUAUCUAAAUGAACUCAUUCUAAGGGAUGCCGAAUAUCAAAAGAACGCUAUCCUCACUGCUCAUGGACAUUCAGUUUCCCCAACGACCAAGCCACUUCCGACUGAAGCGGUCCCAAUACCCGUUGACCCUUGUGGUUCUCCUGAUACUGCUCCAGAGGACCAUGUACAAAGCGCUCCUCCUCUUCAACUCAUCGAAAAGGGUGAAUCUUCCAAUUUCGCCACAUAUGAUCCUUCCUGUCUCGAUGGCGCACAUGCAGUCGGAACAGAAGCUAUUGUUGUCCACUCGUCGGACAUGUCUCCACAAGUGCAGGCUCGUUUGGCACAAAUCGACCAAGUAGCACAAAAGCGUAUGGUCGAGUUGAACGAACUGUUUGCUCAGGUGCUGUUUUACUAUGUGUGUGUGUGUGUAGUCCAUACGCUCCAUAUUUUUCGCCUUCAG